AUGGAAGAAAAUAUUCAUAUUCAAAUCGGAGAAGCCCCGAAGUUGGCUGACUUCAAACUGUUGACAAAAAUCACGAACGAACCCUUGCAUUGGAAACGUGGUUCUCAUCACGGCGAGAUCUUGCUCAGGGAGACACCUGAACGUGGGCCUGCUUCGCUGUUGGUGACGUGCAGCAGUCAGGGCGCAGCGCAGAUCGAGCUACGAGCGUUGCUGGAGAGCCGGAUCCAGUUUCCAGUGCCCCGAGCUGCAGGGCAAGAAGCGGCGGCGAAAAGGCGUGGAGGCGGCGGCGGCAGCGGCGGUGGCGGUGGCCCCGUCGCGGGCGCCGGCGACGAAGCUGGGACGACACCGGCGCAGACACGGCCAGACUUGGCCGUGACGACGUGGCGUCUCCUUCCCUUCCCCGACAGCCCGACAAGUCUCGUCGCGGAUGACGAGCACCCGGAGCAGCGAGCAACACGCGGCCGACUGCAGUCCUCGGCCCGUGUUCGUCGAGUAGCAUUUACCGUUGAGGGACCAAUCCGGCAACAGGGCCAGAUCUCACACUGACCCGAGCCCUCAACAAAGCGUGAACGACGUUCUGUAUACCCCCCUUAUCUACCGUAACUUGGCCAUGUCCUCCCCGGGAUAAAUCGAAGCCAGCAGGGACCUGCUUUCCGAACGCUGGGGUUUUCCUCCGUCUGCCGAGACCCUUUACUGCUGCAUGUCCUCUCCGGUCAUCUGCGCAACUGCAGGCAGACACAUCCGAAAACUCUCCGAAUUCCAUCUUCAGCCUAAUUACCCUCAUCCAAGCCGUCAUUAAAUUCGACUUUUCGUUCUUGAACGCAGCCAAACGCAUUCGUGAGCCUCUUUUUGCGGAGCACUGAAUCCUUUUCGCUUGGGAGGGUUUCGCUGGAACUUGAUGGGUGAUUGGGAAAAAAGAAAAAGUGAAGGAAAUGUUGACGGGAAUCCGCUGGUUGUGUUAGCGGGGACGCGCUUGACGGAGAGCUUGAAUAGAUUUUAAUUCGGCUCGGAUGCACGGAUGUCAGAGAGGGUGAACAACGAUUGGAACAGGAAGGAAAGCGCGAGGGCACACACUUCCGCGACCGGAAGCAGAGACCCGCCUGCGCGGACUGAUCCUUUACACACUCGGCCACGAAGAUCGAGACGGUUUCGACAAGCAUUCCGUGCUGAUGCCUACCCGGAUCCAGUCCCUUCUUCACCUCCGAAGCUUUAAUUCAACGUCCACCGGCAGUUCGCGAUUUGUUGUCAGUGCUAUACUAAGACCAUUAGGGCCUCAUUAACCAACCCUCAUCGCUCACUAACCGCCCGAGACGUCGACCGCGCCGCAAUGAUGUUUUUUUGUUUGAUUGUUUUUUUUUUAUUACGUCGUGUACAGUUCGGCUGGAAAUUCCUACGGCAUCGCGAGGUAUACGUUUGAGAAAUUACAAGGCUUUGCGGGGAUGGAGUUCCGGUCGCGAUGCUUGCGGACGCACACGGGGGUUUCUCGCGUCCCUGUCGUCGCAACCACACCGAGUGCGUGCUUUUUGUUACGUGAAGGAGUUGUUAUACGUUGUUAAUAAGUGCAGAGCGCUGGGGCGGGUCGACGCGAUCGGCCGUCGACAGCGACGUGGACUUCCGGUCCCGUGGUUCUUUAUUUUACCAGCGAGAGAGAGAGAGAGAGCGAGACUAUACGCCGUGCCACGUUGUGUCCUGAGUGUGAAUGUCGGUGGGCUUCAGGCGGGUGAAUGGUUCCGAGUCGUUUGUGCAUACUCCCGCGCGCGAUUUUAAUCAUUCAAUUCUUUCUUUCUUUGUUUUUUACAAAUUACGACCAAUUUUCACUUUUAUGGGCGGCUACGAGUUUAAAUGUUGCGUCAUGCAAGUUGGGAAAGAAAUUAUCUUUGGUGGCCCUUGAAUUUUAAGCACCAUGCGAAGGUAUGUUAAACUCUAUUCUACCCCGCCAAACCUGUGUCGAUUACAGUACAGAGUAACUCUUCACUCCAGCAUUUUUUGAAAUUUAUUCGAAUUUCGGUCGUUCUAAUCUUCAUGGGAGGCUCAAAGCUAAAUUUUACGUCAAGUUUGAAAAAAAGUAAUCUCUUAUGAGACCGUUGAGUUUUAAAAUACGUGCAGGUGACGUCACACGCUGAAUAACGUCGGUUCUUUGUUAAUUAUGCAGAGCAACUAUUUCAUUUGUUUAAAAAUCAUAUUUUUUGGUACUUAAUCCAACUCAGCUCCCCCGCGCCAAGUUACUGUUACAUAAAAGCCAUAAAUCCCCCGGGAUCGAUACGAACCCUCAGGCUUCACGACGCACUGGUUGAAACCCCUUCUUGGGUCGGUUUUUGGGACACCUGACCAGCGGAAUGGAAAAGAUUCCUACAUUACAGUUAGCUCAUGAAAAAAACACGUAUGGGAAUACAAAAAGGAGAAGUGAGGGCAAAAUAUACAAUUCUAAGAAAGAAUGAGAUCGGCUUUGUUUGAGCUCACAGAUAAUUCAGUUUCUGUCGCGGAGAAUAAGUGUUUAAUAUGGCCUUAAUUUGACUUGAAGCUGCUGAUAGUAAUUGGAACCCAGACGAUUUUACACGCGAACAACACUUCUACGUGUUAUGUUGAACGUGGUACAAUUCCAGGAAAAAGUUGCCCCGUCUCAGAUGAUUUUUGAAAGCCGAUCCGUUUAAAACUUCAAAUUCAUAUUAUAGCGUCUUCAGAAAGCUAAUCUGCCGGAAAAUCCUGCUUUAAAUCUGCGCCACCCACCUGUGAGCUAUAAAUAAGUAAUUUCCCGGAGAUUCAGCUGUUGAUAAUCCCGGAUUCUAAUGUCAUGGCGGAAAAAUGGCACAUCUUCACAAACCGUGGAAUAUUUGGAAGAAAAUUUGAGCGUAAGCUUCCAUUGGAAUUUCUCGAAAUGAUUCGAAUAUUGGAGCUUCCUCUCAAUUCCGUCUACCGGUUGCGUUGACGAGGUGUGCGCAAAUAUCUGCUCAAGUUGAAUCUCGCAUUGCGCAAUCGAAGAGGUGCGCAAACUGGCAAGGUGCAUAAUAAAUGAUUGCGUAGGUGACUGUGUGUAUCAGGGAAAGGAUGCUUUUGUUGCUGAAGUCCGGCAUGGAUCGGAUUCUUGAUGCGCCUUUAUUUUCAUUUCGCACGGUGGUUGGGAAGAAUGUUUGGUGAUUUUCGCGAAGCUCUGAACGACGGGGCUGGAUUUCGUCGUAACAUAUCAAGCCAAAGAUUGCGUUUUAGUCAUUAUGAAAAGUUCUGCGUGGGAAAGUGAGGCGAUAAAACUGACGUUGGGGAGAGUAGAUCGGUCAGACGACGAUUCCGGCGGGAAAGGUUUUGUGGCUAUCCACGCUUGCGAGUUUACUUUUUUUCUCUUUUUGUCUUCAUUUUUGUUGCUUUUAUUCUGGGAGAGGGGGGUUGGUACAUUCGUUCGCAUGAAGGAGUGGAUUAGAUUUAUGCCGGACAUAAUUUCGAUAAUUUUUUUCCUGAUUGGGAAUGUGCGUGCUGUUUUGGGUGUAACAUCCUUAAUCAUCGUGAGCUGAAUGCGAGCAAUUAUGAUUUCCACCGCUUAACCAGAGUUUGUGUACAGCAAAUGACUUCUCUCACGCUCAUCAAAUGACGCUUGAAAUUGUUUUCGUAUCGGGGAAGAAAUUUGUGUAUUUAUUGCAGGCUGGAUUUUCCAGAGGUUGGAUUGAUUUGUAGUGGUUGCUUACAAUUCAACGCUCAUUCUGAGGUGAACAUAAUGGGAAGCUGCAGGAACUUUCGCCACGGCAAGUUCGGGAAUGGAUUGGGCGUGCUGGCCAUGAUAUAAGUUCGAUCCGU